GAGAGAGAGAGAGAGAGAGAGAGAGAGAGCAGGGAUAGUCGAAAGAGGAUAAUCGUCAGUGCAUCCUCUUCAAACCGAAGUUUGAUCUCCACAAACUCAAAGGAUUUGGGAUUCUUAGCCGUGAUUACAAUGCAUCAUCGGAGGCAUUUUGGAUGUGUACUCGUCUGGAUUUACAUGUGGUGGGGGCUCUGUUUCAAAGGUUUCCAUGGUGGCCCGCACCAGAGGAAGCUGUACAGAGACCUGAUGGUAAACUAUAACCGCCUGGAAAGACCGGUACAGAACGACUCUGCUCCAAUCCUGGUGGAGCUGGGCUUCACACUGUUGCAGAUCAUAGACGUGGAUGAAAAGAACCAGGUCCUCAUGACAAACGCGUGGCUUCAGUUGUACUGGACAGAUAUCUAUCUAACCUGGAAUACAGAGAGCUACCCGGGGGUCCAGAACCUGCGCUUCCCCUCCAGUCAGAUCUGGGUCCCAGACAUCCUGCUUUACAACAGUGCGGAUGAGAGGUUUGAUGCUACCUUUCACACUAAUGUCCUGGUCAAUGCUUCAGGGUCUUGCCAGUACAUUCCACCAGGCAUCCUGAAGAGCACAUGCUAUAUAGACGUGCGCUGGUUCCCUUUCGACGUGCAGAAGUGCGACCUGAAGUUUGGCUCAUGGACCCACAACGGCUGGCUGCUGGACCUGCAGAUGCUGGAUGUGGACAUAUCUACCUACAUACCCAAUGGCGAAUGGGAUCUUGUGGGCGUCCCAGCCAAGCGUAACGAGCUGUACUAUGACUGCUGUAAGGAGCCCUACCCUGACGUCACCUUCACGGUGACCAUGAGGAGGAGGACGCUGUACUACGGCCUGAACCUGCUCAUCCCCUGUGUGCUCAUCUCUGGCCUGGCCCUGCUGGUCUUCCUGCUGCCCGCUGACUCUGGGGAGAAGAUCUCUCUGGGUAUCACAGUUCUGCUAUCUCUAACAGUCUUCAUGUUGCUGGUGGCAGAGAUUAUGCCAGCCACCUCCGACUCUGUUCCCCUCAUAGCCCAGUAUUUUGCCAGUACCAUGAUGAUCGUGGGUCUGUCCGUGGUGGUGACAGUACUGGUUCUGCAAUUCCACCAUCACGACCCCCAUGGGGGCAAGAUGCCCAAAUGGGUACGCGUCAUCCUCCUCAACUGGUGCGCCUGGUUCCUGCGCAUGAAGAAACCCGGCGAAGAGCGCAAGAUGGCCGCCAGCGCCUACAAAUACGGCCAAGCUCCCCACCAGCACACCAGCGCCAACAGCAUCCCGAUGGGUGCCAUGCCUGGGCAGCCCUCCAGCCAACCCGCCACCACUUCCACGACCAAUGGCAACAUGAAUCUAUACUUUGGCUAUCACAACGCGGGGGUGGAUAACCCGUGCUGUCCCUCGAGCAGUGAUUCUGGCGUGGUGGUCUGCGGGAGCGGGAGCCAGACGGCCGGAUCUCCCCUCCAGAUGAGCUUGGUUCCAGGCCGGACGUUGCUGGAGCAGGCCCCGGAGAUCGGGCGGAUCCUGGAGGAGGUGCAGUACAUUGCGCGGCGCUUCCGUGAGCAGGACGAGGGCGAGGCCAUCUGCGGCGAGUGGAAGUUUGCGGCGGCGGUGGUGGACCGCCUCUGCCUGGUGGCGUUCUCGCUCUUCUCCAUCAUCUGCACCUUCACCAUCCUCAUGUCAGCACCCAACUUCAUUGAAGCCGUCUCGAAAGACUUUGCUUGAGCAGAGAGACUGCGUGCCCGAGGGAGAGGCUACUAGCUGACAAGCUGUAACGCUACAAUGUUUGCUCGUUUAGGCCUACUCUGAAAAGUCAACUCCCAUCCUGUUGUUUUGAAGUUGUUGCUAAGGUCCAGUCAAUGACAAGUGCGUUCAAAACCAAAUCUCUAUAUUUUGAUAUUAAGGAUGAAGUGUCACAGGUUUAGUUAUUGACAUGGAUUUGGGUCCUCUCAAGAUGGCUGCCCAGUAAGGGCUUGAAGCUAAUUGAAACUCACUAAUGCACUUUUCAUGCACAAAUUUGUUUAGUUUCAUGAACACCCAUCUUCAGCACUUCCAGAAUCUGUCCAAGUUCAGUCAUGAGUCAUUUUGUUUGAUUUAUUUUCCUCUCCUUUUCCUCCUCACUUUCAUUUAUAUGCUUAUUUUCACAAACUUUUGAAAUUUGCACAUUAAGUACCGGUUUAACUGUAAACACUAAAUGCAUAUUUCACUGAUUUCAGAGCUUUUCAUUUUUGGAGAUAGUUUUGAGUGUUUAUUUUAAUAUUUUCAUGAUUUUCUAGUAAAGCGCUCAGACCACACAUAACCACUGUACUAUGGAGUGUAGGUUCAUUGUCUUUUAUUCUGUGCGCUUUCUUUAUCCUUUCUCUUUUUUUCUCUCUCUCUUUGUUGUCUAUUUCAAUAAUUGGCAUUCUCAGUACAUUAAUCAAGUUGGCAACAAUAACAGAAGACUUAAUGGACCCAGAAUAUGACAGUGGAUUUUUUUCUCAGUAAAACAUCUAUCUUACAGUAAUUAUUCCAUGAAUAACACACAUGAAAAAAUUUGAGAAAAUCGAAUUGAUAAAACAAGUGAAACCCUGUUCUUGGGAAGACAGGAGGAGGAAGACAGGUGUCUGAAACAGAGACGUCUAUUUAUGGGUUUAAUGAGGGACACAAAUUAUUUGUAGUACAAAUAGCUUUGUGUUGUUUUCUAUAAUAUUCUGUAAAGGCAAACAUUCCUUAAUUAAUCUCCUGCUAAGCAAAGUACAUGAGACGAUUACAGGGACGCCUUACAUAACACUGUCUCCAACCUUGUCGCUUGCACCGUGACAUUGUGACUGAUCCUCUUUAGUAUGAGCAGAUUACAUCAAAGUUUUGUAACACACGAUGAUCUUGUUGUGUUCUUCUACCAACCGUGAGUGGAAUUUAAUACAUUCAUCCUAACCUUUGGUCCUAAAGAAGGAACACAGACAAUGUUAAAGAGCAUGAAAUGGGAAGGGUUAAAAAGACACUUUUCAGCCAUCUUGAAAUGUCAUGGCUUUGGAAAUGAGAAGGACAACUGUUUUGGUUCUGCAGUAUAUUCAUAUAUGUAAUUUGUAUAUUACUUGGUUAUUGAUAAGCCCACCAAAUGUACCUGUGUAAGAACAUGAAACUGUAAGACCAUUUUUCUGUUAAGAAGCUGCCUUUCUAACCUGAAGUCCACCUUCCUAAAGAAUCAUAUUUAACAUGCUAUUGCUUCAGUGAGUGGACAUUUACCUAUGUUAUGGAGUGAACAAUGUAAUUAACCAUGUAGAUAUUUUGUACCAUUCUUAUGUUCCUUGUUCUUGUUUUCCAUUCCACUGUGAUAGCUAUCUGGUGAGUGUUGUUGUGAUGUUUCAACAAAAGAUGGCUGCCACAGCACUAACCAAAGGUGGAUGAUACACAAGCUCUGUUUGUGCGGUGAAACAAGCUUCUGGUCCAUAGUUCAGUGCUUUGAAAGAUACUGCUCAUGUAAUACCAUAAUGAAUGGUAUUAAUACUCCAAGUUUCUUUGUCUUCAUCAAUACACCAGAUUCAGUAUCUAAGUAGAAAUUAAAAUGAAUACAUUCAAUAUACUUUUUAGUGAAUACAGACAAUGUACUUCAACUAUUCUUCCAUUUGUUUUCAAUUGUUCAAAAAAAUAUUAUUUGAAACUAAAUUAAAGAUUUAAGAUGUGUAAAUAACCUUUAACUCUUACUGUAUUUUGUUUGGUGUUUUUUAUAUUAUUAUCCAAGUCACAAUGACACCCAUUGUUUUGGUGCUGCUAGGGCCACACUUGCACCUGAAAUGUUAUUGUGUUGUUAAAUUU